AUGUCUGAAUCUAUUCAUGCAUCUUUACUUACAAUACAUGAAGAAGAGGAAACACUCCAACCAAUAUCUUCAUCACUCCCAACGCAACAACAUAAUGAUCAUCAUCAGCAGCACCAUGAAGAAGAAAAACAGCAAGACAAGUCCGAUGCUCGUAAUGAUGAUGACAAUUUAAAAAUCUUCUCACAACAAAUCUAUGACUAUAUUUCUCAAAAGAAUUUUAGGCAAGCCUUGGAGGUAUUGAUUCAUUGGAUGAAUUCUGAUCACGCCACUCCCGAUGAUGGUGUGCACAUGAUUGAAUUUUUAAAAAAGAUUUACAAAUUAGGGUUUCAGAGGUUGUCGAAUGUAUUCCGAGAGUUGGAACAAGGUCAAAACGAUUGUAAAAAGUUAAUUCUCGCUGCCAUGUAUUGUGGUAGAUGUGGACAUGAAGUGGAUUAUGAAAAAGCAAUGGCAUUGUUUGAGUCUGAUUCUCUAAAGUAUCAUUACUUUUCUCAGAACAUGUUGGGAAAUAUUUAUUCAAAUGGACCAAAUGGAAUUGAUGUUGACUACCACUUGGCCAAAGAAUAUUAUGAAAUGGCUGCAGCACAAAAUUAUUCCAGUGGUUUCCAUAAUUUGGGAAAUUUAUAUUAUUAUGGAAAUGGUGUGGAACAAAAUUAUACAAAGGCAAAAGAAUAUUUUGAAUUAGCAGCUCAAAAAAAUCAUCACGAUUUUAAAUGCAACAAGUAUUUAGCAUUUGAAAAUCAUUAUUCUGAAGCAUUGUAUGUUCUUGGAACGUUAUACGAAUGGGGAGAUGGUGUUGUACUAGAUACCAAAAAAGCAAUGGAGUAUUACAAGCAGGCAGUGGAGCUUAAUAAUGAAUAUUCUGCCUUUUCCAUUGGGGAAACCUUGGAAAAUUCAAAUGAUUUUGAAGGAGCGGUGAAAUAUUAUACAAUUUCUGCCAAUCUUAACUAUGCUGAAGCACAAUAUCGAUUAGCAGAAAUGUACCAGACUGGUUUGGGUGUGGCUCAAAAUUUAUCCAAAGCUAUUUAUUACUUUGAAUUGGCAGCAGAACAGGAAUACUAUGAUGCAGAGGAACAGGGUGCUGCUUUGAGGUUGCAACGAUUUUAUUUAAAUUUUCACAGCAAGCUGUUUAAAACAUUAGCUUUGGGUCUAUUUUCAGAUGUGAUUGUCGUUGCUGUCCAAGAAUAUGAUGACUAG